AUGCCCUCAGUGAUGGAGCGAUCUGGGGCUGGGGUCCUCUCCAGGAGCAGAGCGAAGACUGUUACCAAUGGCAACAGCCAGCCACACUCCGAGGAGGACAGCAGCGACGAAGAGCACGCUCACGACAGCAUGAUCCGAGUGGGAGGAGACUACCAGGCCCAGAUCCCAGAGUUCAAACCAGAUUGUCCCGGCCGCUACACGGAGAAGGACCAGAGGAGCAUGCUGGUGUGGUGCCCCAACAGCCAGCUCUCUGAUGCCAUGUUGGAUGAGUACAUCCUGAUGGCCAAAGAGAAGCAUGGAUACAACAUGGAGCAGGCUCUGGGCAUGCUGCUGUGGCACAAACACGACGUGGAGCGCUCUCUGGCUGAUCUGGCAAACUUCACUCCCUUCCCUGACGAGUGGAGCGUGGAGGACAAGGUUCUGUUUGAGCAGGCCUUCAGCUUCCACGGCAAGAGCUUCCACCGCAUCCAGCAGAUGCUCCCAGACAAACUGAUCUCCAGCCUGGUGAAGUACUACUACAGCUGGAAGAAGACCCGGAGUCGCACCUCUGUCAUGGACCGUCAGGCCCGGAGGCUGGUCACCAAGAGGGAGAAGGACGACAGGUGGGCAUCAGGCAGACCCUCACUACAGAUACAGGGCAGCCCCAAAGGCAUUAAAUCUUACAAAAGUAAUGAAGAGCUGGAGGGGGAGGAGCCGGGCAGUGACAGUGACUUUGAGGUGGACACUAAAAAGGAGACCGCCAAACAGAACUCCAAUGGCAGCGGGGGGGACAAACUGACCCCCAGCCGCUCUGGCGCCGUGAAAAAGGAGAGCAUGGGGGCCCAGUACAGGCACCACCCGCUGCGAGCCCGCCGCAGACCCCCCAAAGGCAUGUACCUGGACCAGAGUGACAUCACCGCGGUGUCAGCUUCCCACGACGCAGGACAGCUCAGCAUCCGGCAGCUGGACACACAGCUGGUGUCGCUCAAGAGACAGGUGCAGGCCAUCAAACAGGCCAACAGCAGUCUGAAGCACAGCCUGAGCGAGGGCGUGGAGACCCUUAAACCCAGCGAGCCCGCCUCCAAGAUGAACGCUCGCUGGACCACUGAGGAACAGCUUCUGGCCGUGCAGGCAAUCCGCCGUUAUGGGAAAGACUUCACAGCCAUCGCCGAGGUCAUCAGCACCAAGACCCCCGCACAGGUGAGCUCCUUCUUUGUGACUUACCGCCGCCGCUUUAACCUGGACGAGGUACUGAGGGAGUGGGCAGCUGAGCAGGUUUCCACAAAAGACUCUCCCAAAGAGGAGGACAUGGGCCCCGGGGCCGACGGGGCCAACGAAGAUGAUGAGGUGAAGAUGGAGGACUCUCCCUCUGACACCUCAGGAGGUUCUCCUCCUCCCUCCUCUGCAGCGCCUCCCUCCUCCCUGUCCCAGCCCCCUCCGCUGCUGCGCCCCGCCCCACCUGCAGCCCCUCCCAGCCUCCUGCGCCAGCCUCCUCCUCUGCAGACCCGCCCUCUUCAGACACGCACCCCCCACAACCACCCGCCUCCUCCACUCAUCCGUCCCACCUCCACUUCCCCCGGAGCCGCCCCGGGCCCCACCUCACUGUUGGGGAACAAGCUGGAGCAGAGCACGUCCCACUGA